AUGACGGCAACUAUACAGUGGCAUCAGAGCUCGGGCCUCAAGUUCAACAAGGUCAAAGUCACAGAUACCAAGCAGUCAUGGAUAUGGGCGGUCGGGCCGAACGAGCAGCUCCAGUCAAACUCCGUCGACGCAGAGAUCGACCAGCAUUCGCACUACGGUGUAUUCUUCGUCGACAUGCCUGCGACACAGAACGCAGUUACCACACUCCCCAGCAUAUCAGGCACGUCCAACGUCUCGGCAGAAGGUCAGCCUGACUAUUACCACGGCCUCGUCUAUGCACACGCGAUACUCCUCGGCGUUGCGUUCGUUAUUGUCUUCCCAGUGGGUGUCCUCGGCCUGCGGUGGAGGUGGUCGAUUGCAUUCAAGGUGCACUGGAUGCUGCAACUCUUCGCCACGGUCGGAGCGUACAUCGGACUGGCGGUAGCCGUUGCCAUGAGCAUUACCGGCAUCGAAUACGCAGCGUUUGGCGAAACACAUCAAAUCCUUGGAAUAAUCGUCGUCGCAGUAUUGUCAUUUCAGGUCGUCAUGGGCUAUAUCCACCACGUCAACUACAAGAGGGCCGGCCGUCGCACCACCCCAUCAUAUUUCCAUCUCUGGCUUGGACGUGUUCUCAUCUACGCAGGCAUGGUCAAUGCGGUUCUGUGA